CUUCGCCAUUCAUCGCAGGCAGCUGUCGUCGACGGCGCGCAACAACGACUGGCAACUAAGCAUAUACAAGCCGAGCAGCCUCACCCGCAGUACAAGAGUCUACAGGAUCCCUACCGAGUGCUCCGUCUCCCCUGCACCCACCCCACUGAAACGUUACCUGCGUCGGGUAAAUCUGCCUCCUUAUACUCCGAACCACGUCCGCUUCGUCCAACCCGCUAAGAAACUGCUGCUGGGCACGGUUCGCGCUGGUAGCGACCAUCGUCCACGGCGCAAGCCCGAUCCCGAUCCCCGCAGACAUGAGCCGCGCGACACCCCGCAAGUCGCGGCACCGACACAGCGCCAGCGGUGGCGGCGGCGGCGGCUCCAAGGCGACUGCAGUGGCCACCGACUACGAAUCCGAUGCGGCCCAGUACAUGGAGGCGCGAGUCGACGCACCGCAGGUGCUGCAGCCGAACCGGACAAACACCGAGAUAAACCUCAAGGUGCUGCAGCGCUACCUGCCCAGCAUCCAGUCCAUCGCCUCCAUCGCCGCCAACGCCGUCGUCUACACGUUCGACCCGGCCACCAACGCCUGGGACAAGUCUGGCGUCGAGGGCACCAUGUUUGUGUGUGACCAGGAACCGCUGUCGCUUGGCGGCUCCGGCAGCCUGCCGCGCAGCUGCGUCUUUGUGCUGAACCGCCGGGCCCUCGAGAAUGUCAUCAUCGACCUGGCUGUUGUCAACCACUACGAGAUCUCGGCCGAGCUGCUUAUGUUCAGGCUCGAGCAGCCAGCCGAGAAGGUCCUCGGGCUGUGGAUACAUGCAGACCAGGACGACACGCGGCAGAGCAAUGCCAGCAUCAUCGAGGAGCGCUGGAAAGGGGUGCGUGAUGCCGGCGAGGUCGCUAUGGGGCCUCAGCACGGCAAGACUGUCGGCGCCAUCGGGGCAACAGAGGAAUCACUGGGCCCAGCAAUGCAGGCUAUUGGCCGCAAGCUGAGUCUCAGCGACUUGUUUGGACGGACAAAGGAUGCUGCCCAUGAUCCUGGCCCAUAGACUUUGCUUCAUUGAAGACAAGAAAAAUGAAAAUGAAAAUGAAAAAAAAAAAAACCAUUUUGGGAAUAUGCGAAGCUCCCAUACUUGGCUGCCUUGGGCUAUGGGCCCUAUCGUUGGCACUCCUACUGUCUACUUCUAUAACCACUAUCAGCUCAUUCUAAAAGCAUGGCAUGGGUCGCCGCCGCAGACAUCAGAUAGCACAUGUAACCACCCAGGCAUUGACCAAGCCAUCUGGACAGCGAUGAGAGGGGCGUGCCCCCAUCUAGUGUGUGGGUAGGCAGCGGUUUUCCUAAACAGCAGAGGGUGGUCGGGCCAAUGCACACUCAAAACUGAAUAUACAACCCCAAAGUAGAUACCACACCAUCCAUUGCAGUACGUUCUCGCUCGGGACCGCAGAAGAACUGCAAGUAAACUAUGACCCCUUGAGUCUAGUUUAGGCGAGGGCUUCCGA